AUGAGUGAGGACCGUGAUCCAAAAGACGUGCCGCUGCACGUAACGACUCUGACGCUGCUGCUGGCGGCGGCCGAGCGGCACCGCGCCGUGCUGACGCCGGCCAAGCCGCGGCUGUCGGCCGCCGGCUGCGCCCUCGUCACCUGGCUGCUCGCCCUCAUCGUCGUCAUCCCCUACCCCUUCUACACCUCCUACGUAGACCUCGGGUCUCUGGUGCACGGCCGUGCCUCUGGUGUGGGUCUGUGCACGGUGCACAUGGCGGACAGCAUGCAGGUGUACAUGCGAGGCAUCUUUCUCUUCACGUUCGUGCUGCCGCUGACGGUGACGGCGUGCCUGCAGCUGCGCAUCUCGCGGGAGCUGCGGGCCCGGCAGCAGCAGGCGGCGCCGCGCCAGCAGCACGUGCUGGCCGUCGUGCUGCGGGAGGCCGGACACUCCAGGGACGACAUCCUGCCGCACAGGUACACAGCCACUUGCGAGGCGCACGUGACCACUCAGCAGACCUGA